UUAAGCUGGAUAUGCUUCCUUACUUCAGACAGUUUUACGUUGGGGAUCUAUAGCUACCACAUGAUGGAGUAUUGCAGGUUUGCAGCAGCGAGAAACUAAUCAUUGACCUUCUUUGUUUCUUAUGCCUCAGGUGUGGUUUAAAAACCGACGUGCAAAGUGGAGAAAAAGGGAAAGGAACCAGCAGGCGGAGCUGUGUAAGAAUGGCUUUGGCGCCCAGUUCAAUGGACUCAUGCAGCCGUACGAUGAGAUGUACCCAGGAUAUUCCUACAACAACUGGGCCACUAAGGGCUUAGCGAGCAGUCCACUCUCCGCCAAAAGCUUCCCCUUCUUCAACUCAAUGAAUGUAACCCCCCUGUCCUCCCAGCCUAUGUUCUCGCCCCCGAGUUCCAUCCCCUCCAUGAACAUGGCCUCCAGCAUGGUGCCCUCAGCUGUAGGCGGGGUCCCUGCUGCAGGGCUAAACAACCUGGGGAACCUCAACAACCUCAACAGUCCUACGGCGCUCAACUCCGUAGCAGUGACUGCAGCCACAUGCCCCUACGCCACUACAGCCGCUCCCUACAUGUACAGAGACACUUGCAACUCCAGCUUGGCGAGCCUACGGCUCAAAGCCAAACAGCACACCAACUUUGCUUAUCCAGCGGUACAGAAUCCCGUGUCCAAUCUGAGCCCUUGUCAGUAUGCUGUGGACCGACCUGUAUGAAGUCCAGCCAUGACUCACCCAACGAGCUGUAAAUUCACCGUUCAUCCGGCUCUAAUCCCUUCAACGCCAUCUCUAAACGACUGGUCAUACAGUUGAUGUCUCGACUGUAAACCUUCAAUCCAAUCAUCAUCAACAACAAAAGAUAUCCCAGAUGGACGAGUGUUUGGUCACCAGAAUUACGCCCAGUUAGACUCAGUUGCUGAACCGAACAGCAGCUUUUAAGGGACUUUUUCCUUGUUUGAACUGCAUGAUGAGAAACGUAACAAAGCUACAGAUGCUAACAACCUUUGGACUGGUUGUAGCAUUAUUAGCAUCUCGGGCAAGAAACCUCCAAUACAGCUCCUACAGAAAGGUGGACUCAUGGGUUAAAGCAAGCAAAUUAGACAGUGUACAUAAUAUUUUUCCUGCUUUGUGUGAAUAUAUAUAUAUAAAACAAGCCCAAAAUUGUUCAUACGCCUGGCACGUUUGGAUCUGAGGGAAACUGAUCUGCUUUAAUUCAAAUAACAGCAUUUUUAAAAAUACAUUGUAUUAGGAGUAACAUGUCAACAAUAAUCAGUCGUUAUUUUCCUCAAAAAUCCACCAAAAAUGUUGAUUGACAUAACAGCGAUCUAACAUUCUCUCAUGUUAUUCUGGACAUUUUGACAAGUUACCUUUGGUGGAGAGUUCCAGUCUUUAAAGGAAAAGUCCGGUCAGCAAGGAAUGAUCAAUGGAUCAUUAUUUAUACCUAAAACUAAUAUGUUAGCAGAGAUUUCAU